CAAGCAGCAGCAAAUUGAGAAAAACAAUGAGCUGAGAUGGUGUACUUGUCAGAAAACUUGUCGCACCACCAAUCCUAUUAAUAAAUAAACAUAAUAGAACUCGUCGCACCUCCAAUUUAAAGCGAAAUUUUGCAAUUACCUAAAUUUUACUGCUAUUUACGUUUAAUAUUUCUGUUUUAACAGAAAUUUCGAUUAUUUCUUACAAUGAAAAGUAGCAAAGUGGAUUAGUUUAUUUCGUUUGUCAUGUAGAUAUUUUCUGUUGUGUUUUAAGAAUGAUCUCGUUUUUAUUAAUUUUGACUACAGAGGAAACUCUGUAUAAUUUCAGUUAUUAGUUAAAUUUUACACAUAUAGUUCUUUUAGUUCAUGUUUAUACUUCGGCAGUAGCAAAUUCAGGAUGAGUACUCCUAAGUCAAAAUGUUCACAUAUUCAUGUAAUUGGCGAUUAUACAAAAGAGGAUAUUAUAGGCAAGCAAAGUUCACCAUGUGAUACGUGUAAAACAGAAGGUCCAUACUUGUGGGUGUGUCUUCACAAGAAUUGCUUGUAUGUCGGUUGCAAUGGAAGUAACCACUGCCUGAAACACUUUUCGAAAUACAAAGAACAUUCCAUAUUUUUAAACCUUACUUCAUUGAGAGUAUAUUGUCUGCUGUGUGAAUGUGAAGUGUUUUUAGAAAAUAAUGAUCCCCCACUUCCUGGAAUGCUUCCUGUUCACCCACUGAUAAAUAAAAUAGAUACAGAUUCAGAGGAGGAUAUUGAGGGAAGUGAUGAAAAUUUAAAGCCUAGAGGUUUAACUGGCUUGCAAAAUCUUGGAAAUACUUGUUACAUGAAUUCAGCUAUUCAAGCUUUAUCUAACUGUCCUCAAUUAACAAACUUUUUUCUUGAAUGUGGUUCAUUUGUGCAAUCAGAAAAGAAAGCUAGUCUAUCUAAUAGCUAUAUGAGGCUGAUGAAGGAGAUGUGGCAUAAAAAAAGACCUAGUUAUGUUGUUCCAUCUGGAGUAGCGUAUGGUAUUAAAAUUGUGUGUCCUGUCUUCAGAGGCUAUGCUCAACAAGAUGCUCAAGAAUUUUUAAGAUGCUUUAUGGAUCAAUUACAUGAAGAGUUAAAAGAGCCAGCGGUUGAAAUUUCUGUCAUAUCAAAUGGAUCGCCUGAUAGCUCAGAAGAAUUUGAUAGCACACGCAUAGAUUCUGGGAUGCCAGCCUCUGAAGAUUCUAGUCAGUCUGAUGCAGAUUAUGAAACCUGUGACUCUGGCAUGAGUAGCGAGAAAGGUUCUUGUGCAGAUGAAGGUGUAUUUUCUGAAGAUGCCAACGAGUCUGUCGAACUUCUUGAGUCUGUGACUUCAGAUCUUGCUUUGAACCAAACUUCAAAGUAUUCUUCAAACCAAAGAUGUAUGUUGAACAUAGAGAAACCUUUUUUACCUGAUAGUGAUUCCAUACCAAGCUUGCAUGGUAAGAUAUUAUUAACCGGAGUCGAAGACAAGCAUAAGCUUUCCAAAAAUAGUGAAUUAGUUGGUGGCAGUAAGAAUUUUGUGCCAACAAAAUGUGAUUACCCUCAUAUCCAUCGAAAAAACGACGAAGCUAAUUUAGUGCUGGAGGAAGAUCUUUUAAUUGAUGAUAACAAAUGUGAUGAUAAAGACAAAUGUUCCAAAAAUGAUAUUUGUGAUAUAAACCUUGAUGACCUUAAAAUUGAAGAUUCUCUUCCUGCCACACAAUUAAAUUCUUCUGUAAGUACAGAAAUAGAUUCUGGAAAUACAGAAUGUGGAUGUUCAGAUGUCAGCCAAAUCAAUCAAAAAAAUGAUUCCAUCAACAAAUCAUUUUCUGGUAAACAAAUCUCUCAAGUGAAACAUAUGACUUCUCAAAAUAUCAUCAGUUCAAUUUUAAAUUUAAAAAAAAGAAAAUCUUUACAAUACAGGAGCAUAAUAUCAGAUAUUUUUGAUGGAAAAAUUUUGAGUUCUGUUCAAUGCUUGACUUGUGAUACAAUUUCAACAACAAGAGAAGCUUUUCAAGAUUUAUCACUACCAAUUCCAAAUAGAGAUCAUUUACACAUGAUUCAUGCAUCUCAUGGAAGUCAUCAAAAAAGUGGAGGUACUUGUACUGAUGUUUACAGUCAUCAAGGUUGGUUUAGUUCACUGUUUGGCUGGGUUAUGAGUUGGUUCUGGGGACCAUCAGUAAGCUUGCAAGAUUGUUUGGCAGCAUUUUUUUCUGCUGAUGAAUUGAAAGGGGAUAAUAUGUACAGUUGUGAAAAAUGCAAAAAAUUAAGAAAUGGAAUUAAAUAUUCUAAAGUGAUUGAACUUCCAGAGAUGUUAUGUAUUCAUCUGAAGCGAUUUCGUCAUGAAGUUAUGUUUUCUUCAAAAAUAAGCAGUUAUGUUUCUUUCCCAAUGGAAGGAUUAGACAUGUCACCUUUCUUACAUAAAUCGUAUCCUCGAGGUGUUACAACUUAUGACCUGGCCUCUGUUAUUUGCCAUCACGGUACUGCUGGAUCUGGUCAUUAUACAGCAUAUUGUCUCAAUUACCUUAAUGAACAAUGGUAUGAAUUCGAUGACCAGUAUGUCACAGCAGUGGAUGCUGAAAUGAUUAGACAUUCUGAAGCAUAUGUCCUUUUUUACAGGAAAACUGCGGAAGAUAUGAUAAAGAAACGGCAAUGUGCUGUUGAGCUUAUGGAACGUAGUCGGAUAGAAACUGGGUUGCUCAAGUUUCACAUUUCCAAACAAUGGGUUAAUAAAUUUAACAAUUUUUCUGAACCUGGACCAAUAUCAAAUACUGAUUUCCUUUGUAUCCAUGGGGGUGUGCCUCCUCAUAAAGCUUCAUAUGCAGAUGAAUUGUGUACAGUGUUACCUCAAGCAGUUUGGGAGUAUUUACAUGACACAUUUGGAGGUGGACCACCUUGUACGCACCUAUAUAUCUGUCCAAUCUGUCAGGCUGAGCAAGAUAAUCGAAAUCGGAAGAGAAGAAAAGAAUUGGAGGACUUUACCAUGGUAAAAACUACUGCACGACUGUAAUCAUCUAUAAUUGCC